AUGAGCAGCGGGGCACCAGAGAGCGGGUCCUUUUCUACUCUUGCAGAGGACCUGAUCCACAUCCAAAUCAAUAGUUAUGACUCGUAUCAAGAAGUUCCGGGGGCGUUUGACCGUCUAAGUGGCAACAGUUUACCUAAUCGACAGUUCAACCAUGUACCCGUCAUAAGGGUCUAUGGAUCCCUCCCUAGUGGCCAUAACGUGUUAUGUCAUAUCCAUGGUGCCUUUCCUUAUAUAUAUGUACCUUACGAUGGUGAAAAAGGCGAUUCCGCGCAGACUAUCCAGUCUCGCUGUACUCAACUGCACUCUUGCUUGGAAACCAAACUUAAGGAGUCCUAUAACCGUAAAGGUUCAGCGGAAGAAGAAGAAGGGAAAGAAAAAGAGAAAAAAGACGGGUUUCCAGAGAAUCUGAAAUUUGUUGCAGAUGUUUCGCCUAUAAGGGCAGUACCAUUCUAUGGAUACCACGUUGGAUAUUCAGUAUUCUACAAAAUCUCGUUAUUGAGCUCAGCUACGACAACAAAGACUGCUGAAUUUUUGAGAGAGGGAAAGGCGACCGGAAAGCGGUCUCAGGUGUUUGAAGCUCAUAUACCUUUCUUAUUACAAUUUUCAGCAGAUUACAACCUUUUUGGGUGCUCCUGGUUGAAGCUCUCUAAAUGCUUCUUCAGGUCCCCUCUACUCAAUCCCGCACACUCUCAAGAUUUGUUGCAAAGAAACGAGUCUUUGGAUGAGUUUUUAGGAAGGUUUUAUCGAAAGGGAGAGAAUGAAUCAGGCGACGAUUGCGAGAGAAUAGGAAAUAGUCUCCUCGAAAUUGACGCUGUUCCUCAAUUUAUUAACAAUAGAAAUGAAAUAGAUUUCCGGGAUAUUCAUGGCACUUUAUUUGAAUCUUCACAAAUCGGACCUGACGAAACCCUUUUCAUCCCUUCCACAAAGAAUCUGUGGACACAAACCACUCAUUUGCGGAAACAGUUUGGCUUAGAUCCUUAUCAACCGAUACCAGAGCAACACAGGUUUUCUCGAUUACCCGAAUGGCAAAGUCAUAAAGAGCUAUUGUCUUUCUUGCAAAAAGCAAAGGACCGCACAAUUCCUAAAUCAAAAAGUUUCUCUGAAAGUGUCUCGAAAUCGAUGUUUUCUGCAGCAAGACACCUGGACCUUCCUCACGAAUCCCUCUGCCAAUUGUGGCCUGAUAGCCACCCGCGGGUCGGACUUGAUUUAAGUCACCGCGUACAAAACCAAAAUACCAAUAGGGAAUCAUUUAACUCAGAUUCAACCUCAAACGACAUCGUUUAUUCAUCGGAUUCCGAGACCGCAUCAGAGAGAGAGAUGGAAAUGGAGCAAUUCCAUAAUACAGAAAACACAAAGGAAGGAAAGAAGACAGAAACUGAAGCGCGUCUGCAGUCUUCAGCGCCACUAAACCCGCAAAAAGAUACCGGGGCUGUAGACUCUUUCAAUGAUCAAAUACUUACUCAAUCAAUGGCGCACAAGCGACCGUCGAAAGGAGAAGGUCUGCUGAAUCAGAGGCCAAAGAAACUAAUCCGACCUGUCUACGCGCAAAGCAUUUCAGCACCUUCUUCAGGCUUCAGAUAUAAGAAACUCAGUCUUGAAUUUUAUAAUAUUCUUCAAGAUCUAGAAGACAGGGGAAUACCCAAGAUUGAUUAUAUGGAUCCAUAUUUUAGGAGUCCUGAAGAUUUGAAAAAAAAGGAUUACAUUUAUUCUGGGCGGAAAUUCAGUCUGAAUUCAACACAUGUCACUUGCCGACGGCCUAUUGAAUUCGCUAAUAGGACUGUUCGUCUAGAAUCUACUUCGGAUGAGAGGCAGCCAAAAAAUUCGUGGAAGUAUGCAAUUGCUCCUCCGACUUACUCCACAGUACAUGAUUACAUUUUGCAUACAUGUAAGGUGAACUACCGUUCGCAGAUUGAUUUCAAAACUAUGAGCAAUGAGCGCGGCUACAAGUUCAAAAGCAACAAUUCGUUGAAGGGAUUGAAUUCGGGAGAUCACAAUCCGCUCUCUCAUUUGACUCUUGAAAUUUUUGCGACAAGUAAAGCAAACAGGCUCCCAGAUCCAAAUUUUGAUCCUGUUCAACUUAUCUUUUGGAAAAUAGAUCCUGAUAGUUUUCCCAUUGACAUCGGUAUCUCCACUGAAGGAAUAAUGGCAUAUCACGAAAAAGACGAUGCUGAAUUUAUUUCUCAUCUCAAUUCUGCCUCAUGGUCAACACCUGUCGCAUUCUUUCAGUCAGAGGAGGAAAUGAUCAACGGGGUCGCUGAUCUUGUGCUUUUAUUGGAUCCAGACAUUAUAUCAGGGUUUGAAUUGCAUUCAAGUUCGUGGGGCUAUCUCAUUGAAAGGUUGGAAUCUGCGUACGAACGCGAUCUAUGCGAGGAGAUUGCCCGUGUUAAAUAUAAAACCUUUAACAAACGAAAGGAUGUAUGGGGAUUUUCACAUGAUUCUGGGAUUCACAUCGCUGGAAGGCACACCCUCAAUAUAUGGCGAUUGCUAAGAUCUGGACUCAACCUUCUCAAAUACACGCUAGAAAACAUCACGUUUCAUGUUCUUCAUGAGAGGCUUCCUCACUUUUCUCCCUCUGCUCUGACGAGCCUUUGGGAAAGCCGCUCCAAUAUAACCGCACUCACUACGCUUAUUUCGUACUGGAAGAAAAGGGUAAACAUCAAUAUGAAGCUACUUCACAGUCAGCAGACAAUAAACCAAACAAUAGAGCAAGCCCGAUUAAUUGGGAUUGAUUUUUAUUCAGUUAUCUCUAGAGGAUCUCAAUACAAGGUUGAAUCCGUAUUGAUGCGCCUUUGCAAAUGUGAGCAUUUUCUGGUUUUAUCACCUAGCAAAACUCAGGUCCGGGACCAAAAAGCGUUAGAAUGUAUUCCGCUCGUUAUGGAGCCUGAGUCUGCUUUCUACAAAAGCCCUUUGGUAGUGCUCGACUUCCAAUCAUUAUACCCCUCCAUAAUGAUAGGAUACAAUUACUGCUAUUCUACUAUCGUCGGCACAGUUCAUGAAUAUAACUCAAAAAAAACUGCAAUAGGAGCCAGUAAAGUCAAAUUUGCUCGUGGGCUUUUGCAUGAGCUCGAGGAUCACUUGACGAUUUCUCCCAAUGGCGUUAUGUACCUCAAAGAAAGCGUUCGGAAAUCAAUGCUUGCUAAAAUGCUAACCGACAUUUUGCACACGCGCUUGAUGAUAAAAGCCACCAUGAGCGAUUUGAAAUCGAAGAAUGAAACAGUUGCUAAACUGCUCAACAACAAACAAGUUGCACUGAAACUUUUGGCUAAUGUGACAUAUGGUUACACAUCUGCCUCUUUCUCGGGCCGCAUGCCUUGUUCAGAUGUCGCAGACAGCAUUGUCCAGACAGGACGGGAGACUCUCGAAAAGGCUAUUUCACUCAUCGAAAGCCAUUCCCAGUGGGGCGCUAAGGUUGUGUAUGGAGAUACUGACAGUCUCUUCGUCUACUUUCCAGGAAAAUCCCGGGAAGAGGCUUUCAAGUUCGGAAAGGAGAUGGCAAAAGCCAUUACAACUUGUAAUCCCUUCCCAAUUACAUUGAAAUUUGAGAAGGUUUACCAUCCGUGUCUACUAGUAAGCAAAAAGAGAUACGUCGGGUAUUCAUUUGAGAAGGAAGACCAGAAUGAGCCCAAAUUUGAUGCUAAAGGAAUUGAAACUGUGAGAAGAGACGGGCAUCCUGCUCAACAAAAGAUAGUCGAGAAGUCUUUGCGCAUUCUCUUCGACAGCAAGGAUCUGUCAGCGGUUAAGAGCUACGUUCAAGAUCAAUUUAGGAAGAUAAUGAAAGGGCAGGUAUCAGUUCAAGACUUUUGUUUCGCAAGAGAAGUUAAACUGGGCUCUUACAAGAGCGAGAAGACCGCUCCUCCAGGGGCGGUCGUUGCGGCAAAAAAAAAGGCCGCUGACCACAGAGCCGGGCCGCAGUACCGUGAGCGGAUACCCUAUGUUGUUGUUAAAGGGAGGCCUGGCCAGAUCCUACGAGAGAGAUGUGUUCCUCCCGAAAUGUUUUUGUCUAAUGAUUCUCUCGAGCUCGACGCAACUUACUACAUCACGAAAACCCUGCUACCACCAUUGCAGAGGUUUUUCAAUCUUAUAGGCGUAGACGUCUCCCAGUGGUAUGUUGAAAUGCCAAGAUUUCAGGAUAUUGGAAAUUAUCAAGAUGGUAAUCUGCCUGAGUUCAUGCGCACGACAUCUUGUUUCAACUGUAAAAAGGAGAUAAGGGAAAAGACAAAGGAUUUAUGCGCUGAAUGUUUUGAAAACAAAAGCCAGACAAUAACAAACUUACUACAAGAAGAUGUCAGCAUCAGGAAACAUUUCAAGAGUAUCCUAACUGUCUGCAGGGCGUGCUGCCAACCAUUUACAAAAAAUUCUCUCGACAACUUAAACAAGAUUGUUACUCAGUGUGAUGCUCAGGACUGCCCUGUAUAUUACUCAAGAGUCAAGUACAAGGGCUAUAUGUCAACUGCUAGGUCCGCCCAGCUAAGGGAUAUUCUGAAGGGCCUUGAUCAUUGGUGA